AUGAUGGAGCCGGGACCUAGAUGGAUGAGGAUGAUCUGCUUGUCCCUCCUGUGCCUGUAUCUCUGCCUGCCGAGGGAAUCGAACGCCAAGAGAGCCCCCAAGAUACCACGCUGUCCUGCGACCUGCUCUUGCACCAAAGACAGUGCCUUCUGUGUGGACACCAAGGCCAUCCCCAAGAGCUUCCCCCCUGGGAUCAUCUCUCUGACCAUGGUGAACGCGGCCUUCACUACAAUCCCAGAGGGAGCUUUCUCCCACCUUCACCUGCUACAGUUCCUGCUCUUGAACUCCAACACAUUCACCACAGUCGCUGAUGAUGCCUUCGCUGGUCUGUCUCACCUGCAGUACCUGUUCAUUGAGAAUAAUGACAUCCAGGCUCUGUCAAAGUACACCCUCAGAGGACUCAAAUCCUUGACUCAUCUAUCUCUCUCAAAUAACAACCUGCAGCAACUGCCCAGAGAUCUCUUCAAACAUCUAGACAUCCUCACAGAUUUAGACCUGAGGGGGAACUCUUUCCGCUGUGACUGUAAAGUCAAGUGGCUGGUUGACUGGAUGGAGAGGACCAACACCUCUGUUCCUGCCAUCUACUGUGCCAGCCCCUUUGAAUUCCAGGGACGCAGAAUCCAGGACCUCUUACCACGAGACUUCAGCUGCAUCAGUGCAGAUUUUGCAGUGUAUGAAACCUUCCCUUUCCACUCUGUGUCGGUGGAGACGUAUGGGUUUGCAGGAGAUCACUUUGUGGCCUUCGCUCAGCCUGAGUCCGGCUUCUGUACUCUGUUUGUGUGGGAUCAUGUGGAGCUGGUCUUCAGGAGCUUUCACAACAUCACCUCUCGCUCUGCUGUGUACUGCAAACCUGUGGUGAUAAACAACACACUUUACAUGGUGGUGGCUCAGCUUUUUGGCGGAUCUCAUAUCUACAAGUGGGAAGAGGGUCCGCUGCGCUUCGUGAAGAUCCAAGACAUAGACACCACUCGUGUGAGGAAGCCCAACUUUGUGGACACCUUCCAGCUGGAUGAAGAGUGGUACUUCAUUGUAGCAGACAGCUCCAAGGCAGGCUCCACCAGCAUCUACCGCUGGAACAGCAACGGCUUCUACUCCCACCAGUCCCUCCAUCCCUGGCAUAGGGACACCCACGUGGAGUUCCUCGAUGUGGCGGGAAAGCCUCACCUCAUCCUCUCCAGCGCCUCUCAACCCCCGGUGGUUUACCAGUGGAACCGAAGCCAGAAGCAGUUUGCCUUCCACUCUCUAAUCACAGAGCUGGCCGACGUGCAGAUGGUCAAACACUUCUGGGUGAGGAAAGUUCUCUACCUUUGCCUCACACGCUUCAUUGGUGACUCCAAGGUCCUCCGCUGGGAAGGCCAGCGUUUCAUUGAGGUCCAGACUCUGCCAUCUCGGGGCUCAAUGUCUGUGUAUCCUUUCACUGUGGGUCUCCGCCAGUACCUCAUUCUUGGAAGUGAUUUCUCCUUCUCCAGAGUUUACCUGUGGGAUGACCUCACACAGCGCUUUCAGCCCUUCCAGGAGCUCAACAUGAGAGCACCGCGGGCGUUCAGUUUGGUCACCGUUGACAACAAGGACAUUCUGCUGACCGCCAGCUUUAAAGGCAGCACCCUGGCCUACCAGCACCUGUUGGUGGAUCUCAGUGCCAAGUAG